UGGGGUGGAGACGGAGUGUGGCCCACGCACACAGCCUGCAGGAAGGAGGGCUUGGAAGUGCUCUACCAGAGCUGCGAUCCAGUACAGGAUUUUGGCCUUUCUAUUGACCAAUGUUCCAAACAUAUUCAACCGAAGGUCAGGAUUCGAUUUGGCAUCAUUCUGAGGGAGGACAUCAGAGAGCUGUACCUUGACAUAGCUCUCAUGAGUAAAGGUGCCUCUGUUUUGAACUACUCCUUUCCCAUCUGUGAGGUGGACCUACCCAAGUUUUCCUUCUGUGGAAGAAAGAAAGGAGAGCAGAUUUACUAUGCUGGCCCAGUCAAUAAUCCUGGAUUUGAAAUUUAUGAGGGAAAAUACCAGAUUUUGCUGGAACUGUAUAAUGAAAAACGUGCCACUGUGGCUUGUGCCAAUGCUACUGUCAUCUGCUCCUGACCUUGGUCUACAGACUCACGGCAAUGCUAAUGGAUACGGAUCCAACCCACUUGGGAAGGAGAACCAGCCGAUGACAGAGAAGAUUUCUACACAGAAGCCCCCCAGCAAGUGCGGCUGCUAAUUUCAACCCCCAGUCAGAGGUUCCCAGACUCUGUGGGCUCUGUGCUUCUCAGGAGCCUCUCGGUGUCACUGAGCCCCUCGAGAGUCUUUCCUCCCCUAGGGAGUCAUCUCUCAUGGGGUGUCCUCUUUCUCAACUCCUUAAAAGUGUUUUCUCUCAGGCACCAGAAUAAAGAAUGU